UGCCACCUGCUCGUGGCCGAGAAGACGGGCGCCGACAAGAACCAGCGCUUCGUGCAGGACUUCAAGACGCUGGCGGAUGUGCUCAUCCAGGAGGUCAUCAAGCAUGACGUGGGCUGUGAGUUCCCAGAGCUGCGGGACCACAUUGGCGGAGAGGAGUCCAAUGAGUUCAGCAAUGGGCUGGGGGAGACGGUGGUGGUGCAGGUCUGCGCCACGCAGGGCGACACCGCAGCCCUGCUCUGCCGGGUGUUGGAGAACAACCGGGCGGCCGCCGAGCUGCUGGCAGCCGCCCUUUUUUUUUUGCUGGGCGACGCCGGGCUGGACGCCGUGGCGCUGAGCGUCCCUGCCAGCGAGCUGGCCAUCUGGAUAGACCCCAUCGACUCCACCAACGAGUACAUCCGUGGGCACGAGGACGUGACGCCCGAGGACGGCAUCUACCCAGCAGGGCUGCGCUCGGCGCUGGUGCUCGUGGGUGCCUAAGAGCGCCGCUCGGGCUGCCCGGUGCUGGGCGUCCUCAACGA